AUGGAUGUUGUCCCUCGUCAAGAGUAUGAAUACGCACUUAGUAACUUUCGCAUUGCCCAUUUAAAAGUUGCUGAACAAAAGACGCAACUAGAUGAGCAAGAACGACAGAUAUCUCUACUGCGCGCAAGGAUUGCACUUUUGGAAGGGGGUGACGAUGAACCCAAGCACACCACCAAUCGCGCUGGAGGCUCGUCAGUCGACGAUUUCUCAAUCCGAAAUGCAGCCUCUCAGUUGGAGCGCCUGAUCAAUCGUUGGGCGGCUGAAAUUACGAACACAUCACAGAUACCUCUUGACCAAAUGCGGGAGCUCAUUUUUAACGACCUAGGUCAUGGUCCCGCUAAUACACCUCCCGAUACGACACCCGUUCAAGUACAAAACCUCCUGCGCCAUCUUAUGUCCGAUACCAUUUGCGAAGGACUAGUCAAUUGCCUCGUAGUCACCAGCUCUAACGAGGCGAAUAUUCAGUUAACCCGAAUCCACGAACAUAUAUUUGCUCGUGAUUCAACAGUGGCGAGUGUUUGGAGACGCCAGACCUACUCUGCGGCUGUUGAGAACUGUACUCCGAAAUGA